GUAUGAUUGCGUUCUCAUGUGGGUUAUAUAUUAUCAUAUAUAUUGAAUAUAGCUUUUCCCAUAUGCUAAAGAACUCAAAUUUAGAACAAGAGAUGGUAACAGUUAGUGAAUAUCCGAAAGCCAUAUGCACUUUUAUGCUUGUAUUGUUCAUACUAAUAUGCUUUGGAGCAUGUGGAAUUGAAGCACAAACUAGGCGUAUUCCCCCUGAUGAAAUGGCAGCACUUGGUGAAAUAGCUGAACAAUUGGGUAAAAAAGACUGGGAUUUGAGUCUGAACUAUUGUGAUGAAAACUUCAACUGAAUUCUCAAAGGGCAGGAUCUUUCUGGUGUCCUACCACGAUCAAUAGUGAAGUUACCCUACCUUAAAAUUAUGUGGGAAGAGCUUCCAAGUUCCAAAUUUAUGUUUGUUCUUCAUAUCUGUUAACUAGUUUUUAUGAUUCCAUCAUGUUCAAAGUGCCAUCUAUUGUGUACAGUGAUUUAUCUCGCAACUAUCUCAGUGGUCCUCUUCCCCCUGAAUGGGCUUCUACCAAGUUGGAAUAUAUCUUCUGUAGGUAUCUUUCUAUGAAUCGCAUAUCAGGAACAAUUCCAAAGUUUUUGGGAAGUAUUACCAGUCUCACCAAUGUGAGCUUCGAAAGCAACAUGUUUAAUGGAACUGUUCCAGCAGAGCUCGGGAAUUUGACCGACUUAUUGUAUCUCAAUUUUAACUCUAACAAUCUCACUGGGGAGCUGCCAAAGGAGUUCAAUAAUCUGAUAAAUUUGAGAGAACUUAGGUUGAGCAGUAACAAUUUCAAUGGAAAGUUACCCAGUUUCCAGAGUUCCAAACAACUUAGAAUACUAGAGCUUGAAGCAAGUGGGUUUGAAGGGCCUAUACCUUCUGACAUUUCUCUCUUGCUUAAUUUAACUGAAAUAAGGAUUACAGACUUGAAUGGAGGGGCUUCAGAAUUUCCAAAGCUAGAAAACAUGACAGCCUUGGAAAAAUUGAUGUUAAGGAACUGUAAUAUAUCCGGAACAAUCCCAGUCUAUCUAGCAAGUUUUCGUUUAAAAGUAUUGGACCUAAGCUUCAACAGGUUGGAAGGAAAUAUCCCUAACUUUGAUGGAGCCACACAAUUACAAUACAUGUAUCUGACAAGGAAUUUGCUUAAUGGGAGUAUUCCAGACUGGAUCAAGAACAGAGAUAAUAGAUACCUAACAGAUCUUUCGUACAACAACUUUUUUGUGGAAGAUGUGCCUUGUAAAGAAACCCUUAACUUGUUCAGAAGCUUCUCCGGUGGAAACUUGGAAAUUAACAAGUGCCUGGGGGUCUCUCCUUGUUCAAAACAAGAUGGGUAUUUUUUGUAUAUAAAUUGUGGUGGAGGACAAACGAAAGUUGGAAACACUAUAUAUAUAGCAGAUGAAUCCCAGGGAGGUGCAGCGACAUGGCAAGCAGCAGGAAAUUGGGGAUUUAGUAGCACUGGACAUUUCUGGGAUGUCAAUGCAACUGCAGGGUACUAUAUAACCAAAAAUGUUUCUGUUCUUACAAUGAAUGAGUCUCAAUUGUACUCAAGUGCUCGCCUCUCUCCUCUGUCUCUUACUUACUAUGGGCGUUGCUUAGCAAAUGGGAACUACACAGUGACCCUUCAUUUUGCUGAGAUAGUUUUCAGAGACAAUCGAUCCUAUCAGAGUCUUGGCAGACGAAUAUUCAAUGUUUAUAUCCAGGAUGAACUGGUUUUGAAGGAUUUUGAUAUUGAAACUGUUGCACAAGGGGUUGACAAGGCUGUAGUUCGAAAAUUUAACAACACAGUUGUUAAGAAUAAGACUAUAGAGAUUCGCUUUUACUGGGCAGGGAAAGGGACAAGAGCUGUUCCAAUUCGAGGAAUUUACGGUCCUCUCAUAUCAGCUAUUUCGAUAGAAUCCAAUUUCAAGCCUCAUUCUGAUCAGAGAAAGAAGAUAGUCAUUGUAGUUGGAGCUGUAACUUUUUCAUUAUGCCUUGUGUUCACGAUUCUAUUUAUCUUUUGGCGGAGAGGCCAUUCAAAAAGCAUUACUUCAAGGGAACAAGAACUAAGAGGAUUAGAUUUGCAAACUGGUUUAUUUACCUUCAGACAAAUUAAAGCUGCCACUAACAACUUUGACGAUAACAACAAAAUUGGGGAAGGCGGUUUUGGAUCUGUCUAUAAGGGUAUAUUAUUAGAUGGUACUGUAAUUGCAGUUAAGCAACUUUCUUCCAAAUCAAAGCAAGGCAAUCGUGAAUUUGUUAAUGAGAUUGGUAUGAUCUCUGGUUUACAGCAUCCAAAUCUUGUAAGAUUGUAUGGAUGUUGCAUUGAAGGGAAUCAACUACUACUGGUGUAUGAAUACAUGGAAAAUAAUAGCCUUGCCCGAGCUCUAUUUGGUCCAAAGGAAUGGCAAUUGAAUUUGGGUUGGCCUACCAGGCUAAGGAUUUGUAUUGGCAUAGCAAGAGGUUUGGCAUUCCUCGAGGAAUCAAGACUGAAAAUUGUUCAUAGGGACAUCAAGGCUACCAAUGUACUACUUGAUGGGGAUCUUAACCCUAAGAUCUCUGAUUUUGGUCUGGCUAAGCUUACUGAAGAUGACAACACCCACAUUAGCACCAGGGUUGCCGGAACUAUAGGGUACAUGGCCCCAGAAUAUGCAUUAUGGGGUUAUUUAAGCAACAAAGCAGAUGUUUACAGUUUUGGAGUUGUUGCAUUGGAAAUUGCUGCUGGAAAGGACAAUAUGAAAUUUCGUCCUAGUGAUAAAUACGUUUGUCUGCUUGAUUGGGCCCUUGUUUUGCAACAAAAAGGGCGUUUAAUGGAGUUGGUGGAUCCAAAGUUGGGUCCUGAUUUCGACAAGGAAGAGGCAAUAAAAAUGAUCAAGAUAGCAUUAUUAUGCACUAAUCCAUCUCCGGCACUUAGGCCUGCCAUGUCUGCAGUAGUAAGCAUGCUUGAAGGUCGUCUUGACAUUCAGGACUUAGUCAUGGAUCCAAGUAUCUAUGGUGAUGAAUACAGGUUCAGAUCCCUCAAAGACAAGUACGAUGAGCUGCAAUUGCAGAGUUCGAAUGAGGCUCAGAGCCUUGUUGAUUCAAUGGUCAUGACACAAAUUGGAUCUUCCUCUGCAUCUACCAAUGAUCUUUAUCAAAUCAAUCUUGAUUCUGCGUGACGCUGCCAGCAUGAGGAUGUGUCUUGGUGGGUUCAUUAUAUUUUUCUGCAAUGCCUUCAUUAGCAUUUUUUUAAAAAAAUUUUUAGAAGCAAUAGUAUGCAUUGACUAUUUCUUUCAAAUGUAUGAAAAGUGCUUUCAAGAGGCUUAUCAAAAUAGUGCUUUAGAUGUGUAUGCAGCCUUCAUGUUUUACCUACUCUCACAUUUGGCCUACAAUAGCUUAAUAUCUUUUUUCCUCCAUUUUUUUGGCAAAUUAUACUUUGUCCCUUAAAUACAAUCAUUUUGUCAAUUUGAUUGUUAAACUUGAAGUUUUAUUUAUUUAUUUUUUGUACCCAA